CUCCCCUCCCCGGAAACCAGCGACUUUGCCACCACCAGUAUUGAGGAUGCUGAGCUUUGGGGCCAGGCCCAGGGAGGGGUGGGAGUAAGGGGGGCUGUGGCAGCUGUCAGGCCAUAAGCCAGGCUGACCCCUGGGUUCAGGGCAGGGUACUUGUAGACUCGGCUCCUACAUCAGCAGUCAUGAGCGUAGGUCCCAACGGCACAGCCACAAGUCCGGAGAGUCUGGAUCUGCUAGUGCGCGGAUUCCCCUCCGUGACCCAGGCCUGGGGAUUGUGGGCCCUCUUAGGGGCUGUGACGCUGCUGCUUCUCCUCUCACUGGCUGCAAACUUGUCCCGAUGCACUAAUGGCCAGACCAGGAGCCAUCUGGGACAGGGACGCUCUGGAGGCUCUGUGGAAGAGGUCCCCCUGUACGGGAACCUGCAUUAUCUGCAGACAGGACAGCUGUCUCGAGAACCAGGGCCAAACCAGCAGGAUCCAACACCUGGAGGCCCAGCCAGGCCUGCAGAGGAGGGGAUGUGCUAUACCAGCCUGCAGCUGCGGCCUCCUCAGGGACGUACUCCGAGCUCCGGAACCCCCAUCAAGUACUCAGCGGUGGUGCUGGACUCUGAGCCAAAGCCCCAGGCCUCGGGCCCGGAGCCGGAGCUCUACGCCUCAGUGUGUGCCCAGACCCGCAGAGCCCGGGCUUCCUUCCCAGACCAGGCCUACGCCAACAGCCAGCCCGCGCCCAGCUGAGCUGGAGGGCCGGCACAGCGGGCGCGCAGCGCCCCAGCCUCCUCUGUUGCAGAGGUUACUGCUACCCUGUCCGGGGCAUGACUGUUUCCCAACCACCCCGCAUGCCUGGCCGCCACUGCCCAGUCACAGGAGGUGAUGUUCCCCGAACUUCCUGUGUGAGCUGUGAGGGAGACAUCUCAGGGGAGCCGCAGGCCCCACUUCUUGAGGAUGGAGGAAGCAAAGGCAGUGACCGCCCCCCUCCCCGACCUCUGCUUAUCUCUAUCUAUUCCUCUCAGCCCCCAGACUCCCAGGUUCUCACUUCCUCCCCCUUCCGGAGUUCCGCCAGAUCCUCCCCGCGCCCGCUCCCUCGCAGUCUACCCCUGAUGCCUCAGCGUCUGAGACCGGGGAGUGGGCAGUGGGUGAGGCGUAGGGGCCUGAGAGGCCAUGGGUGGGUGUACUCCCCGGGAGCCCGCAGGCUGGAGGGGUCCUGGAACGCGGCCUCCUGAGUUCUGAUCUCAGAGCCCCGGCGGGAGAAUUUUCUCCACCCUGCUGCCUCUGUCAUGGCCCCAAGUUUUCAAAUAAAACUUCUCAAAAAGUG